AUGACAAGGUAUUCCAUUCAUGCCAUUGAGAAUGAAGGAUCAACAGAAAGGAUAAAUGGAACGUACCACUAUGUAUUGCGUCUUUAUGGUCACCUAAUUAACGGCCAAAAGGCACUGGUAACUCUUAUGAACAUUCAGGUUUUCUUUGACAUUCUCGUACCAGAUGGAGAAACUCCAGAUAAAUGCGAAGAAAAGGUGAGCGAAAUUCUCUCUGGCAUUGCGAAAUCAUAUAAAAUAGAACACAUUAAAGCAUUUCCUUUUCGGGGUUAUCAUUCCGAAAAAAAGUCAUAUUUACGAAUUUAUAUGAAUGGUACUGGAGAGAGAAAGAAAGCCAUCCAAGCUAUACAAGAAAAUAAUUUUGAAACUGCUUCAGAUGAUUUAUACUCAUUUCACCGUAAGGUAGCCCGAGAGAAUGGUAUUCAACUCUCUGGAUGGUUUACAAUAAACAAAUAUAUUUACAAGCAAGGCAAAGGAAUCAGCCCGCUUUCUCUCUUACGAGAUCGUACUUUUGUUCUCACUUGGGAUAUAGAGACGCAAUCACAAGAAUUGGGUGAAUUUGCUGAAGUCCUUGAUCUGAAUAAUAAUGUUUUUAUGAUUUCUAUGACAUUGCAUUGGAAAGAUGAUCCAAAACCACUAAAGCAAACAUCAUUUGCCUCUGAUAUCCAUGUUGGGUUUAACGAUUCAGACUAUGAUUGGUGUUUUAUUAUGGAAAGAGCAUAUUUUCUCAACAUACUCGAAUGGAUAUGGGAGCGAAUGACAGGAAAGUUCGAAACAAAGGAAGAAAUUUUAAAUUGGAAAUAUUGUGGAAAGAUAGAAGCAAAAUCUGAAAAUAAUUUCGUGAAAAAGCAUCCUGUUAAGGCUCCUGAGGAAGGUGAAGAGGAUCUGGAGGAGAAAGAAUAUAUGGGUAGUCCAAUUAGGAUCAAAAUUAGUGCAAAAGAUUAUUUUACUUCUAGCUUCCUUAAACUGCCAGGUUGCGUACCGAUUGACGUUCGAGUAUGCCUCAAAAAACGUUUUCCUCAUUCUGAAGUCGAAAAGGAAGGCUCACUUAAAUUCUUCCUACAAAAAUUCGGUCUUAACAGUAAGGCUGAUAUGCCAUAUGAUAAAAUGUGGAAAAUCUAUUCAAAGGCGAAAAAAAGCCCCUCUUCGUCAACUGUGAGAAAUAUGCGUGAAGUAGCACAAUACUGUAUUAUAGACGCACUGCGCUGUCAAGAGCUUUUGGUAAACCAAAGUAUAAUAAAUGAUUAUAGAAAAGUUGCCUCCAUAGCUUAUAUUUCUCUUUUUGACACACAUUAUCGUGCAAAUGGAAUGAAGGUACAGAACCUUCUCAGAGCAUGUGCUAUCAAAUGA